AUGGCUGGUCACGGUUUCCCUGGUCCGAAACAAAAGUACACUGUGCGCUACGGGUUGUCGCCCAACGCACAGAACCCUUUCAAGGGCAUGCUCUACAACGCCUUUUUCAACACCUUCCGCCGCACGCGCUCCCAGUUCCUGUACCUGCUGAUUCCUUUCGGCUCGUACUACUACCUGUGGAACUGGGCCAACGACUACAACCAGUGGCUGUAUACUAAGGACGGCCGCACCACUCUCCUGAGCUACGAUUAA